CCAACCGGGCACGAUGAGUACCAAAACAGAGCUUCCAAACUGGCCACAGUAUGCUGAGGACUUCACGCAAAAUAACGUGGCUCCCAAAAGUUGGAUCUGUCCCAAUUCCCUGCGCGUCUUUGCCAUGCGGGCCGGCUCCGCGGACGCUAACCCCCCGCUGGUGGAGCACCUUGUGCCAGAGAUGCCAGACGGUGGAUCCGCCACAGGGAUCCCCGAGGUCGGCCGAGAGGAGGCGGCCGAGACGACGGCCCACUGCGGCCCCCAGAGACACCGGCGGGUGGCAGCUAACGCACGGGAGAGGAGAAGGAUGCACGGCCUCAACAAAGCCUUCGACGAGCUGAGGAGCGUCAUCCCCUCCUUGGAGAAUGAGAAGAAGCUGUCCAAGUAUGACACCCUCCAAAUGGCGCAGAUUUACAUCACCGAGCUGUCGGAGCUUCUGGCCGGCGUGGUGCACCAGGAAUGCAGAAACUCUCAUCCAGCUUCCACGGACAAACCCACCAGGAGGAACCUGAUCCACACGCUCAUCCCGGACCCGAACCCACGGACGGAGCAACGGGACCCCCCCUCUUCCCACCUCAUCAUACUUGGGCCUAAGUCUGAUCUGAAUAAAAGCACUUCUUGCAACAGCAGUGAUGGGGAAUCUUCGCAUCUCAGUGACAUGGAGGAAAGUCACAGCGGGAAACUUUAAAUCAAUACCACCACACCGGAAGUACAGUACUAGGAGCCAACUAUUACAGCUUUAGGACAUAUGGGAUAUAGAUCAUAGCUUAGAUUUGGCUCAAGUAAAUGAAAACUAUCCUAGAAUGUAUCAAAUGAGACCCUUUUUGCAC